AUGUCUAAGAAGUGGUCUACCUCGAAGUAUUCGCGCAGGAAUACUCGCAAACCCUUCCCUUUUGGAGGGACAAACCAGCAGAGAAUGAAGACAGUUGGGACCUCCGCUGUAUCAUACGAUGAUCCAACACUCAACCAGCCACUGGAAGAAUACCUCGCCUCGUUCGGGGUGUUUGAGACCGAGCAGGAGACCCAGCACCGGCGCUCGGUGCUCGGCGUCCUCAACAAGCUCGUCAAGACGUGGAUCAGAGAGGAGUCGCUUAAACAGAACAUGGCUCCUGCAGUGGCGAAAACUGUGGGAGGCAAAGUGUUGUGUUUCGGCUCGUACAGGCUGGGGGUCCAUAAUAAAGGUGCCGAUAUUGACGCGUUGUGCGUUGCGCCGCAGCACAUUCGACGGAGAAGUUUCUUCGUCGAAUUAAGAAAACUGUUGGAGUCACAUCCCCUGGUCAAAGAUGUACGAGCAAUAGAGGCUGCGUAUGUGCCGCUUAUCAAACUGGAUGUCGAUGGGAUUGAGAUAGAUUUGCUGUUCUCCAGGCUACCGCUUGCGAAAAUACCUGAUUCGUUGGAUCUCGACAGCAAUGUGAUGUUGCAAGACAUGGACCCGAAGUGCGUGCGCUCGCUGAACGGCUGCAGAGUGACGGACGCGAUCCUGCGGCUCGUGCCCAAUGUGGACAACUUCAGGCUCGCACUGCGCGCCGUCAAACUGUGGGCCAAACGUCGUGGCAUUUAUUCGAACGCUCUCGGCUACCUGGGCGGAGUGUCCUGGGCCAUGUUGGUAGCGCGGACCUGCCAGCUGUACCCCAACGCGCUGCCUGCCACGUUGGUGCACAAGUUCUUCCUCGUCUUCAGCCAGUGGAAGUGGCCACAGCCAGUUCUCCUGAAACGACCUGAUUCUGUCAACCUUGGCUUCCCCGUUUGGGAUCCUAGAGUAAAUGUGUCGGAUCGCGAGCACGCGAUGCCUGUUAUCACUCCUGCGUACCCUCACCAAAAUUCCACAUUCAAUGUGAGCGCUUCCACCAGGUCCGUGAUGGUGGAAGAGUUUAAGAUUGGUCUGGCCGCGACUGAAAGGAUACUGAAGGGCGAGUGUGGGUGGCAGCGCUUAUUUGAGAAGCAGGUCUUCUUCAAUAAAUAUCAGAACUUCGUGGUAUUGCUGGCGUCCUCCGCCACGCAGGAAGACCAGCUGAAAUGGAGCGGACUCGUCGAGAGCAGGAUUCGUCAUCUAGUCGCAUCACUGGAGAACAAUGAUGCAGUAGCUUUAGCUCGGGUGAACCCAGAAUGCUAUAAAACUGCACCAGCUAAUGCUACCAGCCAGCCCCCGGCCAACUGCUGCGCGAUGUGGUUCAUCGGGCUGCAGUUGGAGACCUCACGCAGCUUGGACCUGUCGCACGAUAUCCAGACGUUCACAGAGAACAUCAACAGUGUGGGGGGGAGAACUAACAUGCUCCGGGAAGGCAUGGCAAUACAGGUCCGGCAUGUCCAUCGAAGGGAGCUGAAGGAGUACCUGCCGGACUCCUUGCUGUGCCGAGAGCACACCUCCCCCGACACCAAGCACGAGCCACACCGUAGCCCUGCGCCCCCAGCCGCCCCCACGCGCCUGCCCAGCCCCCCAGCCGCGGCCGCGCCCCGGCCCGCGCCCCCCACCGCCACCAAGCGGCCCGCCGAGGGUGGCGACUACACCGACGCACCACUGUGGUCGGCGCCAUUUUUCAUAUUUUACGUCGCGAGUAUGUACCAAAACAAAUUGAGGAAAAUAUAAAACACACUUGUAUACAAGAGUGUACAAUGUGGUGUGAACGUCUGGAUAUCGUGCGUCAGGUCCAAGCUGCGUGAGGUCUUCUCCAAGUCCAGCCCGAUGGACCACAUCGAGCAGCAAUUGGCUGGAGGCUGC